CCGAAAGCUUGCUUUACGAGAUCACUUUCUCAGCCCAAAGAUCUUUCUCUUUCGAAAGAGAGAGAGAGGGAGAGAAACUAGAGUCCUAGAGAGAUGGCCCUGAGGUGGCUUCUCCACUCGGCCUGCCACGUUCUGGGUCACCCCAACCACGACGCCGGCGGCGUGAACCAUCACGCGAGCGUCGUGUCCGGCGUGAGCCCAACAUGCCGGGAUGCUGUCAAGAGCUUGGAGAAGACGUCGAACCCAAAGGAGAUGACAUGCGGUCCGCCAGGAUUCCAGAUGCCCCUCCACUAUCCGAGGUACAAGAAGGUCGAUUACGAGAACAUGGAGGAGUGGAGAUUGGACAUGCUUCUCAGGGAAUAUGGACUCAGCUUUAAUGGCAACCUUGAUGAGAAGAGGGCUUAUGCAAUGGGUGCAUUUUUGUGGCCUGACCAGUAUUAAGGGUUCCUACAUCUUUCUUUGAUAUAAGCUUCCACCUUAUGAAAUAUCAUAAAUAACCCUUCUCAGUGAUGACUAUCAGUCUCUAUAAUCCAUCUAGACCUAUUUUAGUUCUACUACUUUGGUUAAACAGUCUUUGAUGUGCAUGUAUAUGCACUUUGUAAUAUCCGCCAUAAUAUAGAUAUGCUUAAUAA